AUGGUCGGCAAGCGAACCGCCACGUUUAACUCGGCCCGCGAGGUCGUCGACGAUCAGUUCAACAACGGCUCGACCAAGAAGCGACGGCCGGGGCGCAACGACGACGAUCUCGAGAGAGGCCGACCGCUCAGCGCACACAGCAAUGGAGACGCGAAGAAGAACGGGGCCAGCGGGCGUCCUCGCCCGCGCAUAUGGCGCUUCCAGGACGUGGCGCGAACGGCGCUCGAGGACAAGCGGCGCGACGACCUCAAGAACGCGCUGCUGACGGGCAUCGACCGCAACGGGCUGGAGAAGUACCGCAAGAGCGACGCGGACCUCAAGGCGACAAAGCAAAAAAAGAUCCGGCGGUUCUACGAGGGCCAGAACGAGCGGCUCAACGACUGGCUCGAGGUCGACGCCAUCGUCAUGGCCAUCGCCGACGACGUGCUCGAGAGCAUGAACCCGGACCCGGACCACGACGGCGACAUGGAGCGCCACGGCGGCCUGCAGGACGUGCAGGGCAACGUCGGGGAGCUGCUGCCCGAGGACGAGAAGACGAAGCGCGCGAAGGCGAACCGAAGGGCCAAGUGGGCUAUCAACAUCAAUGUCAUCGCGAACGUCUUCCUGCUGGCGGGCAAGAUCGUCGCGGCCCUGUCGACGGGGUCGCUGUCGCUCAUAGCGUCCUUGGUGGACUCUGCUCUCGAUCUGCUGUGCACGCUCAUCAUCUGGUCGACGAACAGGCUGGUCGGCUGGCGGCUCGACGCCCUGCAGAAGCGCUUCCCCGUCGGCCGACGCAGACUCGAACCCCUCGGCAUUCUCGUCUUCUCCAUCAUCAUGGUCAUCUCGUUCAUACAGAUCCUGCAGGAGUCGGUGCAGAAGAUCAUGCCGCUCAAGGGCGAGCCCGAAGUCCUGUCUGCGACCGCUAUUGGCGCCCUGGUGGCUACUAUUGUCGUCAAGGGUAUCAUUGGUCUGGGAUGCCUGCCCUUGAAGACGACGCAGGUCCAGGCGCUCGUGCAGGAUUGCAAGACGGAUGUCUUCUUCAAUUCGUUGUCGCUUUUGUUCCCUUUUAUUGGAUACCAGGCCAAUAUCUGGUGGCUCGACCCCGUGGGAGCCGGCCUCCUAUCCCUCUUCAUAAUCUACGACUGGGGCCAGACAUGCUUCGAGAACGUCGUACGUCUAUGCGGCGAAGCCGCCUCCCCAAAAACGCAGCAAAAAGUCAUGUACCUCGCAUAUCGUUUCAGCCCCGUGGUGCAGGGCUUCAAGAGCGUCACGGCUUACCACUGCGGCGACGGCGUCUGGGUCGAGUUCGAUGUCUUGUUGGACGAGAAGACGUCGCUGCACGAGAGUCAUGAUAUUGCUGAGACCCUGCAGUACUGCGCCGAGGGCCUGCUCGAGGUCGACCGCGCUUUCGUCACUACUGAUUACUCGUCUUCGGGGCCGAAGGGUCAUGCUGAGGAUGCGGAGCGGAAUCAUUGA